GUUCAUGCUAGAUCUAUGUAACGGGAGACCCCAAUAAUUCCGUCCGACGCCGUUAAUGCCCCUAUUCCAAAAAUAACAACUCCUAACCUCAACCCAAUCUUAACCCUUUUCAACGGAAUUCUAUGCCCAUAAGCAUCUCUAUCAUCAUCAUCAUCACCACCACCACCAUCCUCUCUCUCCCUCUCAAUUAAAAUAGAAAUAUCUUCUCUCUCUACACCAAAAAAACUUGUUCAACAGAAAAAGCGCGGCAGAAAAGCAGAAAAUUCUGCAGUCUGAAACGGUACUCGUGCGUGCGCAGAGAGAAUAGAGAGAUCGUGUGAGGUGGAAGAUUGAGAAUAUCUGAAUUUUAGCGAUCUGCGAGGGUGCUCUCUCUUUGCAAUUAUGGCGUAGAGAGAGAAGGCUGUUGAGAGUUGAAGAUAUUCUGGACAAGGACAAUUCUCGCAUGGGAAGGUUCUCCAGAAACUGCUAGAAAUUUUUAUUUUAUUUUAUUUUUAGAACCGAAACUGCAAGGAAUUGGUGGAGAGAUCAGUUAUGGAAAAGGCGGCGGCGGCGGGGGAGAGAAAGAGGAAAGUUUACGCAGGAGAAUCGGAGUUUUCGGCGUCGUCAAUUCAGCUGAAGGCUCGGCGUUUAGAUGACGCGACGGCGGAAAAUUCAGCUUCGCCGGCGAAUUCUGGAGGUCUAUCUUGCGAGACAGUCGGAGCUGAUGAUGGCUUGGCAUCUUGUUGCUCAAGUGACGGAUCCAGCGAGCUGACUAAGGAAACUUCGAAACUCCUAGAUCUGGAGGACAAUGAGACGACUGUGGAGUUUCUCACGACGUCGGCUGAUGAUUCGUUGGAUUGCAGAGAGAGAAGUGAAACGACGCCGUCGAGAGAAGCUCUAGGUGAGUCGGGCGAGCUGGAGUCGACGGCGAGGCCACGUGAACCGGAUCCUCGCCGUCUUUCUGCAGGGGUGAAAAUGCCAUCUGAGGCUCAACUCGAGGAAUUCUUCGCCGCGGCUGAGAAGAAACUCCAGCAAAAAUUCAUUGACAAGUACAACUUUGACAUAGUGAAGGACCAGCCACUGGAAGGGCGGUACGAUUGGGUUCAUGUUCAACUGAGGCCAGAAUAACCAACACAAUAUUCACAAUUGGCUAAUUGUUCCACUCAUCAAUCAAUCAAGUAAUCAUCAAAUUCAGUGACGAAACUCAUGGUCUUCUUCCACUAAUUUGAAUCUCAAGGUUUACUUAAUUUCUUGUUCAUCACUAGAGAUGUACAGCUAGCUGUUCUCUCUCUCUAUCUUUACCGUAGAUAAGAAGUAUUAAAAAGAUAGUUUUUUUUUCUCAGUAAUUAUAAGCUAAGUUGUUUAGUCAUGUGAGAAGAAGCUUCUCUCUGCUGCAGUCGAAUGGAAAUUCAAUCUCUUUUGAGGAAAAAUUUGAAGAAUCACCCACUUCAAUAAAUGCUCUUUCAUUCAGUUUCUAUCA